CAAAGUGACGGGACUGGAGCGAAAUAAAGAAAAAAAAAUUACAACUUUCAACACGAGAGUGUACUCUGUUGUUUACAUUCCGUAAAUUAUUGUUAAUUUUACUAAAUAACAGUGACGUGUGAUUCAUAUUUGUCGUUCCAGUUUUGUUUUUAACAUUUGUUGUGAUACUUGUAGUCCAGUGAACGUAACAGGUGAGCAUAGACCAUUGGCAAGAAGGAUGUCAGCUCCGGGUUUAACAUCGGAGGCUCAGUUGCGGUACCUCCUGCAGUGGUUUGGAGAGUUCAGUGAGCUACAGCGUGAGGACUUCCUGCCAGUGUUGGCUGCAGCAUCAGGAGGCAAGGCGGACCAGCUUGCUGCCACCCUUGCAGCCUUGUCUUGUGAGGACAAGCCUGUCAGCUUGUUUCAAUGCAGAAUAAAGUUAUUCAACGAAUGGUAUCCAACUUGGACUGGAGACGAAAAAGACAGACUACUUUCCGGAGUCACAGAAAUGGACCCAGACUUUGGUAAAAAGCUACAGGAAUUCCUAACUAAUGGACCUAAGAUGAACGGUGAUCUCAACGGAACCAAUGAAGUACAUUCUCCAACUGAAGAAAAAGCUGAAGUGCAGAAUGAAGAAGCUGGAGAACACGAGGAAGUGAUUGAGGAGGAGGAGCCAGCUAUACCACAGGAUGCUAAUGUUGGUUUGGAGAUAGCAGCUGCCUCUUAACAAAAAAAUAUUAGAAUCUACAUAGGUACUGAUAGAUGAGUAAAGGUCACAUAAACUAUUUUAACCUCUAGUGUCCCACGGUACUAAUACUAGUACAAAUUACCUCCAAUGAAAUUUAAUUUAAAUCAUUAUUUAAUGGAACAGAGUUGCUUUUGAGUUGUUUCGUUUGAUUGUAAAACGAAACAUAUUCAAUAUGCCUGCCAAUUUUUAGGAUUCCAUACCUCAAAAGGAAAAAACGGAACCCUUAUAGGAUCACUUUGAUGUUUGUCCGUUUUUCUGUCUGCAAGACGCUUUAUCUCGAGAACGCAUGGAGUUAUCGAGUUGAAAUACAUAUACUCAAGUCUACAUUCCCUUGAAGCUGUAAAAAAAUGAAACUUCUAAGUUAACUUAAAACAAAGAUACGGCCGUUUAUUCCGCAAAAAACUUAUAUUUCGACAUUCUCAAAGGAACAAUUUAUAGGGUACUUCCCUUUGACCUAGAAUUAUGAAAUUUGGCAUGCAAUAUCGUUUUACACUACAAGUACAGAAAAUCUGAAAACGAAAUAAGUAAAAAAAAAAAAAGGUAAAUUUGUACGGAACCCUCAGUGGGCGAGUCCUACUCGCACUUUACCGGUUUUUCUUGUAUGGUGGGCCACUAGACGAUUAUGUCAAUAAUAUAUUUUCAACAUUUCAAGUAUGUUAGGCUGUAAAAUCAUAUUCACACUUACUUUUUGUCUUGUUCCUUUGAUAUCCCAUGGGUUUACUUUGGGAUAUUGUCGGCAGGCGUAUGGCAUUUUACGAUCUAGUCUGUCCUGUACUUCUUUUGGCUGUUUGGCCUAAAUUUCCAACCUUAAGAUUGAGCCUAAUCAUGUAUCUGAAAUACUUUAUUCUUACUUCCUCAUCCAUCAAUAUGUUUUAUCCAUUUUUAACAAAAAUGACAAAACUGAUAUAAUUUUUUUUAGCAUUAGAAUAAAGAUAAACAAUUUUGAUGCCUCAGUUUCAUUGGUCGAGAGGUUUUACUAGUCGUUAUAACGCCUGCGGGGAGACCGAGUUAUCGACCAAGAAUUUAGAUAGUAUAUUAUGUUUUUUAAUUGUUACAUAUUUGUUGUGACUAAUUUUCAAAAGUGUUUAUCAAUAAAAAGACACGUCAAAACGCUUACCGCAUUCUAAUGCUACAAAACAGACUAUAGGAUGGAUAAGGACAAAAUGUGUUCUAGGUAAUUAUAUUUCUAUAAAUAAUUGCCCUAAUGAUAUCUCUCAAUGGCAGGGCGUCUUAUAACUGGAGCAUCUAAUACUUUAAAUCAUCCACUAACUUAGGCAUUCAUAUAUUCCCAGUCCACUAUAACUUGGAUCUUUUCUUAUCGAGAGUGAAUAGAUAUCUUUUAGGUAAUCACGUUCCAUCGUAGACUGCAUCGGCACUUACCAUCAGGUGAGAUUGUGGUCAAAUGCUUACCUUUAAAAAAACUCAAAUGUCUGUUAGCGAAAUAUUUAAACAUAUUGAGUUUCUUAGUUGUGUGAUGGACAAUCAUUCAAGUGAAUCUCUUGCAGCUAGAAUAGAUUAGGUUUGCUAUACUUAUCUCUUUUGUAGGAUUAUUUUUACACCAUAUCCUAAUAAAUUCUUGAUUUAUAUAAUUUAGGAUUUUUUCACACUGUAUCCUAAUUAUUUGCUUUAAACUCAUAUUUACUUUUCUAGUAUUUCUACAUUCCAUUGGAUUGCAUUCCAUUAAAAUAGAUUUAAGUAUGAAAGUUUCUAAGAAUCUCAACAUAUUUUAUUACUUUGUAUUUUCACUUUCUUUUUUACAUUUUUGAAUGUAUUUGUAUUAUUCAUAUUAUAAACAUUUACUAACAAUAUAUUGUAAGUAAGUUAACUUUUGUUAUAAUGGGACAAAGUUCUUGAGGCCAACCAAUAUCGGUGUAGUACAAACAUUUAUUAUAAUGUGCCAAGGGUUUAUCAGUAUUUAAAAUAUAUUAUAUACAGUAUUGAGUAUACUACUAUUUAAGCGCUUCGUUAAUAGUCUACUUUCAAAUGUGGUAUAGGGACCGUGCGCGUUGGCGGGUCUCGCCUGCAUCGGAACUUGACAUUUACACUUCGCGCUAAUAAACAGGGGCUCCAGUGCUGCCCCCUACAGUUCAUGCACGUUCCUUAUUGCACUUUAAGAAGAGGCUAAACUGUCAGCGUCGAUUUACAUUUAUUUAGAGUUCUUAUAGAGUAACAUUGUAUACUUAAUUAUUAUUACCUGACUUUGUUACACAAAUAGGUGUCAAUUACUGGUACUUAAGUGCCAUUAAUUUGUUAGUAGAUUGGUUUUUCUGAUUUUAAUUAUCAUUAAUUUCAUUUGCCUCUUCUUAAAUAACGAUACCCAGAUCAUUUGCUAUAAAGAAAUAUGUAAAUCGACCUAUGCGUCGAAGGCCAUAAUUUUAAUUGUAGUAUCGUAAUUAUUGAAUCAUUCCUAGUGUUUCGAUAAACAUUUUGUAAAAGUAACUAUUUUGGAUCGAGAGUCGCAAGGUGCUGGCUAAUAACAUGAGUUGUGAUUAGUGAGGGACAUAAAUAAAUAAAAAACGGUAUAUUAUUUACAUUAGUAACUUAUUUAAAUAAAAAAUCAAAUUAAA